CACAACUAAUGUAAUAAUUGGAAUAAUGAGAUUUUAUUUUGAAAAGUCAGAAAAAGAAGUCAAUGGAAUUUGCUCUUACUUUGAAACAAAGGAGAGGAAGUGGCUGUUUAAGGGACAAGUUGAGCAGAAAGAAUGCAGCCGGCUGGAGUGAAAGAUCAAGAAGAGAAAAACAACAGAAACCCAGAUUAAAGAAGAAAAACAAAGAAGAAGAAGAAGAUCAGUAACAAGAGGACUUGAAGAAGAUGUAAAUAGUAACAUGUGAAGAAGAAAUAAACAACAGCAACAACAACAGAGACUUACUCUUAAGUUUGUUUUCUGCUGCAGCUGUCAAUAAAACAGGAUCCAGCAAGGUGUGUUCAAGCCACCUCCCCUUCAGGUAAACCCUCAGAAGGAUGGAGGGAUCAGCAGGAAAUCCCAGAGCUGCCUCGUCUCACAAACUUCCUGCCUGGGGGUCGGAGUUGGCAGAAACCUCAGAAGAAAACCGAAAGACCGGUCAGACUGAUUCCAGCGUACGCCAGAGUCCUGAAGAGAACCAGGGGUCAGCGCAGAAUCCAGACCAACUUACAUUCUCCAAAGACUUUAUCAAACAGGAUCCUGAUCAACGGGGACCAGAAUCUACAGCCAAACAAGAUCAACCAAACGAAGAUCUUUUUUGUACAGAUCAAGAGAAACCAGGACCCCCCUCCUGUCCCAAACGAGAACUGAAACCAGAGGAAUCCCAGCAGAACCAGAUCCAGAGACCUGAUGAAGACACUACCCGUCCAUCAAAAAGGGACAAGCCCCCAUCAUCAAAGCAUUUGCCUAUUUUUACCUCAACCUUAAGACACGAGCUGAACACUGAGCAUCCUCCUCCUCACCUGAACGCUGAGCUGACUCCUCCUCACCUGAGCACAGAAAAAACUCCUCCUCCUCACCUAAGCACUGAGAAGACUCCUCCUCCUCCGAGCACUGAGAAGACUCCUCCUCCUCAAUUGAACACUGAGCUGACUCCUCCCCCUCAUCACCUGAAGCCUGAGAAGACUCCUCCUCAAUUGAACGCUGAGCUGACUCCUCCUCACCUGAGCACAGAAAAAACUCCUCCCCCUCCUUACCUGGACACUGAGCAGACUCCUCCUCCUCCGAGCACUGAGCAGACUCCUCCUCCUCCGAGCACUGAGCUGACUCCUCCUCCUCCGAGCACUGAGCAUCCUCCUCCUCCGACUCCUCCUCCUCCUCCGAGCCCUGAGCAUCCUCCUCCUCCGAGCCCUGAUGAGCAGACUCCUCCUCCUCCGAGCCCUGAGCAGACUCCUCCUCCUCACCUAAACACUGAGCAGACUCCUCCUCCUCCAAGCACUGAGCAGACGCUUCCUCCUCCGAGCACUGAGCAUCCUCCUCCUCACCUAAACACUGAGCAGACUCCUCCUCCUCCUCCAAGCACUGAGCAGACUCCUCCUCCUCACCUAAACACUGAGCAGACUCCUCCUCCUCCAAGCACUGAGCAGACGCCUCCUCCUCCGAGCACUGAGCAUCCUCCUCCUCACCUAAACACUGAGCAGACUCCUCCUCCUCACCUAAACACUGAGCCGACUCCUCCUCACCUGAGCACUGAGCAGACUCCCCCUCCUACUCACCUGAACUCUGAGCAGAUUCCUCCUCAACCUCUCCUGAAUACUGAUAAGAGACCACUUCCUCCUCCUCCUCCUCACCAGAGCACUGAGCAGGCACCACCUUCUCCUGCAGAUCAGCAGAGCCCCCUGCCAUCUCUUUCCACUGUUAAUGCAACCAACGUAUCAACCCUGGCUCCCCCAGCUCCACCGCUCACCAUUGAGGUGUUCUGUGAGCAGGUGCAGCCCGGCACUCCUGCUUCUUCUUCAGGUGAGCCAAAACUGUGCGGCUUUCUGGAAAAGCAAGGAGGGCCUCUGAGGGCCUGGAAGCAGCGCUGGUUCACCUACGAGGAGAAGAAGAACCAGUUGUUCUACUUCUGCACUCGGCAGGAUGUGAUGCCACUAGGUCAGGUGGACCUUUCCAGUGCCACCUUCACCUACCCUUUGAAUGCAGAGAGAGGCACCUUCCACAUCAGGACACCUGAACGCACCUUCAUACUCAAGGCUGUCACCCAGGAUCUCAUGCUCUAUUGGCUCCAGCAGCUGCAGGUGAAACGUUGGCAGCACAGACAGAUGUCCAUAUGUCCUGACCCCACAAACAACAACAAAAUUGAAGAUGACUUCCUGCCCGUGUUGAAGAGCCCGGUGGGUCUGGUCGGGGAGGACGCAGUGAACGCAUCAUCACAACAAACGCCUUUCACCAGAAUGUCAAUCAAACACCCGCUCAUCAGGAUCCAUAACUCGUUCCACAGCCUGCGUAAGAGGUCAUCUCAGGAUGGGAGUCAGAGUAUGUUUCAUGUAGAGACUCCAUCAUAUACUCACCUUAGCUCCUCAAACACCACCACCAAAACAGUCCCUGCAGCCUCAAGGACCCCCAGUGAGCCUCAGACUCCACCCCCUGCUCUUUCAUUGGCAGAGCCAACAGGUCAGGUAUCCCCUGUGAUGCACAGAGCGGAGAGCCGGAGCAGGAGGAGAAAUACUCGCAGUUCAUCCUCCAUGAUGGUCCUCCUCAAAGACACAGUUAUGUCAGAUCGAAUGAGUCGCUUCCUGCAGGAGAAACAGAUGCUGAUGGAGGAGGUGAAAGCUCAGAAGGAGCUGGUCUGGAUCCUGCACAAAGCUCUGGAGGCAUCUCAACUAGAGAAGCGCACAUGUGCAGAGUUUUUGGCGGCAACAGGUGAGCAGGAGCGUCUGGAGCUGCUGCGUCACCGUGAGCGUCAAGUGGCUGAGCUGCGGGCCCAGCUGGAGAAGGCAAGGGAGGAGGCGGAGUUAGCGCAGAGGAGUGAGGCUCAGAGUAAGGCUCAGGUGGUUGAGCUGCAGGAGCACAUCAGGCUGCUGGAGGAGAAAAACACAGCCGGGAAGGAGGUGAUCAUUAAACUGUCCGAUAAGCUGACCGACUGCAUGUUGGACCCACCUCCGUCCUGUGAAGAGGAUUUGGAUUUUCAGACCCUCAAACAGCAGAUUGAGAAUCUGAAGGACGACCUGGAGGCAUAUCAGACUCAGAAUCGUUUCCUGAACUCUGAAAUCCAGCAGCUUACCCGUCUGUGGAGGACGAGCUCGGAGCAGGAGAAGACUCUGAUGGUGAAGUGUGCACUCCUGGAGGCAGGUAACUGUCAGGUGGAGAGCAGGUACCUGAACGUCCUGCGGCAGCUGCAGGAGGUGAAAUCUUUGGAUCCGGUACAGCGGGAGGCCGUCCAGAAGAUGAUCGAGGAAGCUCUGAAGGGAGAGGUGAUGAGCGUCAGGGAGCCCAGUCUGGCCAGAGACCACGAUGAGUAUGGCUUCAAGAUCAUCCCCGACUACGAGGUGGAGGACAUGAAGUUGCUUGCCAAGAUCCAGGCGCUGGAGAUCCGCUCAAACAACCUGAUGCACCAGGAGGGAGUGGAGCGCCCUCUGCUGGCUCGCUGGGCUCAGUUCCUAGCCGGCAGAUUGGACAAUGACCUCUUCCCUUCUCCUGAGCUCAAAGGUCUGCUGCGAGCCGGCAUCCCUCAGGUGUACAGACAGCAGGUGUGGCGCUGGUUGGUCCAAGCCAGAACCAGAAACAUUAGAGAGCAUCAUCCACAGCGCUACCAACAGCUGUGUGAGAAGAGUCGGAUGUCCCCUCACCCGGCCUGCAGGCAGAUCCAGCUGGACCUCCACCGCACCCUAACAACCAACAACCACUUCUCCUCACCCUCAAGCCCUGCCCUCCAGCAGCUCCGCCACAUUCUACUGGCCUUCUCCUGGCAGAACCCAGCCAUUGGCUACUGCCAGGGACUCAACAGGUUGGCAGCCAUCGCUCUGCUGGUGCUUCAGAGUGAAGAGGACGCCUUCUGGUGUCUGGUGGCAGUGGUUGAAACCAUCAUGCCUCAGGACUACUACACCAAGAACCUGGUGGCCUCUCAGGCUGACCAGCGCGUGUUGAAGGACCUUUUGUUGGAGAAGCUACCACGGCUGGCGGCUCAUUUCGAGGAUUACAGCAUAGACGUGUCUCUGAUGACCUUUAACUGGUUCCUUGUGGUUUUUGUGGAGAGUCUGCCAAGCGACAUCCUGCUGCCGCUGUGGGACGCCUUCCUGUACGAGGGCACCAAGGUGAUCUUCAGGUACGCUCUGGCUAUCUUCAAAUAUAAAGAGGAUGACAUCCUGAAGAUCUGUGACAGUGUGGAGAUCUACCAAUACCUGCGCUUCUUUACCAAGACCAUCUCUGACAGCAGGAAGCUAAUUAACAUCGCCUUCAGCGUCAUGAAUCCGUUCCCUGGCCGCCUGCUGAGGAACAAGCGAGCAUUUCACCUGGAGCGCCUGCAGGGGGAGCUGCAAGAGCUGGAGGAGCAGCAGAGACAGUUUGUAACGGAGAGCGCCGUGCAUAAAGAGCUCGACGCCGCUGCCAGCGAGGACGAGGAACUCUGACCUCAAUAAAUGCUGUAUUUUAUCAGCUGACGAUUGUGCCUGAUAUGGAACUUAAAUCUAUUGCUCACCACAGACAAUAAGGUUAAAAUACUCUGACAUGUACUCUGAGGGGGCGGGGAAAGAGCUGUCUCUCCCCCGCCCCCUCCUCCCUAUAGUCGUGCAUGUGGGUUGCCAUGUCUCUAAAACGGAAGCUUCAGUGUUUAGUCAGCUUUGCAUAGGUCUAGAAACCUUUCUGCGUUCUAACCGCUUUAUUUUUCAAAAGCAUCUCCACUAUUGAUCAUAGUUUUUCCACAUUUCUGGGCGUCGAGCUUAUUAGAAAAAUACAGAGGCUUUUUAGGUCGGGUGGAAUCAGUUAUAUCUGAAUUAGUUAAUUUGCAAUGUUUUACAAAUACAUUACACCAAUGCUUUUGUGCAAUUUAGACAGUGUGUCCUCCUCUGCUCCCUGUUUGUUUUUAAGAGACUUAAGCAAAACCUUUGCAUUUUUAUGACACAAAUAUGUUGGCCCAACAUUGCCAAUAUUUCUGUGCAAUUCAACAAUAUUAAAUCACAGCACGUGUGAUUAAAUCAUCCAUGACCAAAACUAACUAUUCAUCUGAAAAAACGAUAAACCUAGCUACAUGUCCCAGGUACAUGAAAUAUUUCAUAUUUCAUAUUUGAUUUAUUUGCUCAAUUCAGUGUAUGGUUUCAACACAAUAAUACACACAAAAAAAAUCCAUACCUGUUGGAUACCACAGCAAAAAAAUUGUCCUAGACUCCCAAUACUGGGUAAUUUAUUUUGUCUAAUUAUUAAAAUCUGCGUGCAAAUUCCUGCACAGUCUUACUUGCACAAAAAACAUUUGAAAUGUUGGGAUUUUUGUGUGUCAGACUGCACAAACGCACAGGUAUGUGUGUUUGUGCAUUCCAACGCUCAUAUCUCAAUGUUGCUAAUGCAAUUUUGGAUGGAUUAACUCUUCUCCUACACACCUGUCUUAUGAAAUAGAUGUAGUUUUAUUUUUGUUUUUGUUUAAGCUUCAGUACUUUCUGAUGCUAUCGAUCAUUAAAAUGAGAGACUGUAUUGUUUUAUGGAUCAAGGAUGUCUUUAUGACCCCAAAGGGGCAUUACAGAAGACAACCACAAACAGCUGCUACCUGUCGCCAUUACUAGUGCCAUCUUUAAAACAUGUUGUUUUAACUGACUGUGUGCCAGAGGAGCUUCCUAAUCUGUAUGAAAUAGUGAUUCUCAGGUAACGAACACACAAACUCUUGCUACACACACACACACACACACACACACACACACACACACACACACACACACACACACACACACACACACAGAUAUCAGAGCUGAUGAUAUUACAGCCUGGAUGCUAAUACUAACAGAAGCUAACUUGCUUUGUUUGUGGAGAGCUGAAAUGUCACUUUAAAUGCAUGUUUACAUUAAGGUUCGUGUGUGUGUGUGUGUGUGUGUGUGUGUGUGUGUGUGUGUGUGUGUGUGUUUGUGAGCACUGUGUGUGUGUGUGUGACAGAUUGUUAAAGCUUCUCCUUUAUGAUAAAGUUUUACACUGUGUGCACUGCUGCUUCAUAUUUUCUUUUCUCGUUGUUUUCUGCUUUUAUAUUAAAUAUUCAAUAAGUUAAAA